GCUGUUUGGCUGAAGGAGAGAAGUGCUAGACUCCCCAGCCCCACACAAAGGGUUACAGAGGGAAGAGUUAGUGCAGACGUGAGUCACAAAGGGAUCGGGAUUGUGGAUCUUUCCUGUGAUUCAGACACACACAGAUGGAAAGAGUACGAGAGGCAGAGGAAGAUAUCGAGCUGCAGGAAAAUGGAAAGCUCCACCUCCACUCCCCCAUUUUCUUCAAACACCCCAACUCUCCAGUGGGACAUGGAGGACGAGGAGGAUGAUUUCACAGAUAUGAUUCCCUCUGAGCUUGAAACCGCCCUUCACUUCCUCUCCAUUGUGAUUUACAGCAUCUCAUUUCUUCUGGGGACGACUGGCAACGGAUUGGUCAUUUGGAUUGCUGGUUUUAGAAUGAAAAGGACUGUCAACACGGUGUGGUUUGUAAACCUCGCCAUCGCUGACUUCAUAUUCACCUUCUUCUUGCCGUUGAGCGUCGUAUACACGGCCCUUGACUUUCACUGGCCGUUUGGGACCUUGAUGUGCAAGCUGAAUAGCACCAUCGCCUUCCUUAACUUGUUUGCCAGUGUAUUUCUGCUCACGGUUAUCAGUGCCGACCGCUGUGUAUCUGUAGUAAGACCCGUGUGGUCCCAGAACCACAGGACACCCAGACUGGCUUCCAUCGUUGCCUUUUUCAUAUGGCUGGCAGCCCUUUUCCUUUGCUCGCCUUACAUAGCUUUUCGGGACACCCAGAGAAAUACUGAAGACAAUGUCACGCAUUGCUACAACAACUAUGCCUUCUCUACUGACUUUGUGGAUGAGGAGGUGAUAGCCCUGAGGUCGAUGAGACACCAGGUUGUCAUCGCCGUUCGUUUUGUUUUUGGAUUCUUGCUCCCAUUUGGCCUUAUUGUAGUCUUCUACUCCUUGAUGGCACUGAAGCUAAGGAGAAGCCAAAUGGCUUGGUCCAGCCGGCCUUUUCGAGUCAUGGCUACGGUGGUGGUUGUCUUCUUCAUCUGUUGGUUUCCAUAUCAUGUCCUCUCGGUGCUGGAGGUGGUGAUGCACCACACCAAUAACAGGACAUUAAAAUCAGCAGUUCUGAUUGGAACUCCCUUGGCUACAAGCUUGGCAUUCUUCAACAGCUGCCUAAACCCCUUCCUCUAUGUUUUCUUGGGAAGAGACUUUAAAGAGUCAUUGCGCAAGUCCAUUCUCUCUGCCUUCGAAAGUGCAUUCAGCGAGGAACCCGGAAAGACAAAUGAGAGCCAUGUCAGGUCCCGCUCCCUCUCUGCCCAAGAGUCUCAUUUCACUUAACUGGUUCUAAAAGGAAACAGAAGAAAACAAAAAGUUGACUAUAUCCUGAAAGACAAGGUUUGAUUUGGUAUCAUCUGUCCAACAUUUAGGAUAUUUCAUUGUGGUUUUGUAAGUCAAGUAUUAUUCAACAGAUUUGUAACAUGAACCUAUUUUAUUAUGUACAUUUGCCUUCAAAAUGGCCUUCAACUAUUUUUUUAUUUUUUUUAAACUUGUUAGGCAGGUCAUAAGGAAGACUGAUUCCCAUAUGAUGUUAUUGUAAUCAGGUAAAAUGAAUAGAUACAAAUAAAUAAUACAAACAGG